GCCCACUAAGCACGCGCCGCCGCAGUAGCCUAGGUCUAGCCGCCGGGAAGGAAGCGGCUGUCUAUAGCGCCAGCCUCUGAGGCUCUAGGGCCGUGCAGGCAGCUGUUUGGUCCUAGUACCUCGGCUGCGGCGGCGAGCUCCUCCACGUGCUUUCGGCAGCGACAUGGAGCUGGAGGAAUUGGGGAUUCGCGAGGAAUGCGGCGUGUUCGGGUGCAUAGCUUCUGGAGAGUGGCCCACGCAGCUAGAUGUGCCACAUGUGAUCACUCUGGGACUCGUGGGGCUGCAACACCGGGGCCAGGAGAGUGCUGGUAUCGUGACCAGUGAUGGGAGUUCUGUGCCAACAUUCAAAACGCAUAAGGGAAUGGGUCUUGUAAAUCAUGUUUUUACUGAAGACAAUUUGAAGAAAUUGUAUGUUUCAAAUCUUGGCAUUGGACACACGAGGUAUGCCACUACAGGAAACUGUGAAUUAGAAAAUUGUCAGCCCUUUGUUGUUGAAACACUUCACGGGAAAAUAGCUGUGGCACAUAAUGGCGAAUUGGUGAAUGCUGCUCGGUUAAGGAAAAAGCUUCUGCGUCAUGGUGUUGGUCUGUCCACCAGCUCUGAUAGUGAAAUGAUAACCCAGUUACUGGCAUAUACCCCUCCUCAAGAACAAGAUGACACCCCAGACUGGGUAGCAAGGAUUAAAAACUUAAUGAAGGAAGCACCCACAGCAUACUCCCUGCUUAUAAUGCACAGAGAUGUUAUUUACGCAGUUCGGGAUCCUUAUGGAAAUCGUCCUCUAUGCAUUGGUCGACUUAUUCCAGUUUCUGAUAUAAAUGACAAAGGAAAAAAAACAUCAGAAACAGAAGGAUGGGUUGUGUCUUCAGAAUCUUGUAGCUUUUUAUCUAUUGGUGCAAGAUAUUACCGUGAAGUUUUGCCUGGGGAAAUUGUGGAAAUAUCCAGACAUAAUGUCCGAACUCUUGAUGUCAUAUCAAGGUCUGAAGGAAACCCAGUGGCUUUUUGUAUCUUUGAAUAUGUUUAUUUUGCAAGACCAGAUAGUAUGUUUGAAAACCAAAUGGUUUAUACGGUAAGAUACCGUUGUGGUCAACAGUUGGCAAUUGAAGCACCUGUGGAUGCAGAUUUGGUUAGCACUGUUCCAGAAUCUGCUACACCUGCUGCUCUUGGUUACGCAGGAAAGUGUGGACUUCCUUAUGUGGAGGUGCUGUGUAAAAACCGGUAUGUUGGAAGAACUUUCAUUCAGCCAAACAUGAGGUUAAGACAACUUGGUGUUGCCAAAAAAUUUGGAGUGUUGUCGGACAACUUUAAAGGCAAAAGAAUUGUUCUUAUAGAUGAUUCAAUUGUGAGAGGCAAUACCAUCUCACCUAUAAUAAAAUUGCUCAAAGAAUCAGGUGCAAAAGAGGUACACAUUCGAGUAGCUUCCCCACCAAUUAGAUACCCAUGCUUCAUGGGAAUCAACAUUCCCACAAAAGAAGAGCUUAUUGCCAAUAAACCAGAAUUUGAUCAUCUUGCAGAAUAUUUAGGAGCAAACAGUGUUGUAUAUCUGUCAGUAGAAGGACUCGUUUCAUCUGUACAAGAAGGAAUAAAAUUUAAAAAACAGAAAGAGAAAAAGAAUGAUAUUAUGAUUCAAGAAAAUGGAAAUGGUUUGGAAUGUUUUGAAAAGGAUGGUCAUUGUACAGCUUGUCUCACUGGAAAAUACCCCGUGGAACUGGAAUGGUAGCGGGAAGGGGCAGAUCUGUUGCUGAAAAUUGGUCAAGGAGUGAAGUGGUUACACCUUACUGUUUUUCUCAGUUGGUAAAAUAUAUAAUGCCACAUGCUUGUGUUUUCCUUUAUAUGUUUUGAGAGUUUUUUUUUUUUUUUCCUGUAAAGGGUACCAAAGUGCUAUAAUUGAACCUUGCUAAUUGCAUAUUGUACAACAUGUGGUAUUCUUUUCUAAAAGGCAUUGGCUAGCCUUUUCUACCUGCAGAGAAGGCAGGUGGUAAGUGGCAUUCGCCAAGUCCAUGCUUCAAGGGUUAGUGAGAGGUUAAACUAAGAUAGGAGCUGUGAUUCAAGUAGGACAAGUGAGUUCAUAACAACAUUUCAUACCAAGUUUGAAUCCAUCAUACCCCAUAGUUGUCUAGCCUCUACAGUUCUGGCUGUAGUUACAACCUUGGCUUCUCUGUCUAACUUUAGACAACUCUUUGGGAAAAAAAUAAAUAAAAACAGUAUCCCCACUUACACAAAGAGGUACUUAUAAUUAUUAAGAGUUGAUAGGAAUAUGAAUAAGUGUCAAGACUUCUGGUGCUAGAGCCAUCAGUUCACUCCUAAAUUUUAAGAUAGUUCACAAUCAUUAGCUUUUGAAAAGCGAAUGGUUAUUAACCUUUUUAAAAUUAGUUUGCAACUGAGAUUUCAUUAUGAUGGAGGGAGAGAUACGAUUUGGCAGAUCCUUGCCAUCUCUCUGAGAUCCCUCAAGAAUGUUUGUAAAAAUGUGUGGGAAAAAAUUCUACAUUUGACUAGAAAAUAUUAUCCAUAAUAUUUAGUGCCCUAACAAUAUAAUCUCAGCAAGUAACAAUAAUUUUUAAAAGUUCACUGAGCCUUUCUUGGCGGGGAGGGAUACUAGGGAUUGAACCCAGGAGCACUUAACCACUGAGCCACAACCCCAGCCUUUUUAUUUUCUAUUUUGAGGCAGGGUGUCAAAGAGUUGAUUAGGGCCUCUCUGAAUUGCUAAGCCUGGCCUUGAACUUCCGAUCCUCCUGUCUCAGCUUUCCAAGCAGCUGUGAUUACAGGCAUAUAUAUGUAUCCAUAUACAUAUGAUUAAUUAAGUGAUCAAAUAGAAACAUAGUAGGGGCCAAUUUUGUUUAAUGAUGAAAGAGAAGAUCACUUUUUUGGAUCUAGAAUACCCAUACGCAAGCAUCAACUUACAGUUACUUUUUUCUACUUUGUUUUUUCUUAUAACUCAUAUUUAGAAAAUUGAGAUGAUUUGCUUACCAACUCCUGUUUAUAUAAGAUUUUUAAAACAAACAAGUUUCUGUGUUACCAUCAUUUGGUGUAUAUAGUGUCCAAAUCCAUUUAGAAAUUUAAUAUUUAUUAAUAACUAAAAUUGUUUGUCUGCCCUUGCUCUAUAGUCCCAUGUGUUUUAUUAUGACAGGUCGAGAUAAAAUGUUGUAGAACUUUAAUAUGUUGGUAGCAUCUGAACCCUGUGACAGUGACACAGGCAAACUGGCAUUUCAAAGCCCUGGGACCAUUCCAGCACAUGUAGCCUCUUGUCUUAAAUGCAUUCCCCAUGGAAGCAUGGAGGAGGUGAGACCUGUGGGUCACUUUUGAAAUGGCCUUACUUAAAUUUGAUUUUCAAAAAUAAGAAGACUCAGGGAAAGUAUUAAACCAAAAUCUCUGAUUGACUUUCUUUUCCAUAGUUUUUAAAUUUUGUUUUAUUGAAAUGCUUUUAUAAAGGAAAACAAUACUGUGACCAUUUGGUGUUUCUACAGUUUUUUUUUUUUUAGAGCUUUAUUGUUAUACAUAGUAGUAUUUGGGUUCAUGCUAACAAACUCAUGUGCAUGGAAAUCAAUUUUAGUUCAUAAUCCCCCCUUUUUCCCUCCCCCUCACAAAUUUCUUGAUAUUUCUCCAUCAUGGCUUUUUAUUUUACAAGUUCUGAAGUUUGAAUUAAAUCACAUUUUUUUUUUUUUACCAACUUGGUUUCAAGUGUUAUUUGACUACUUUGAAUUUAUAUAAGUAAACUGCAGAGAAGAUAAUGUGUUUCCCCAGGAUCUACAUUGUGAACUCAAAUAAGCCUACUUUUUUGUGAUUUCUUGGUGACAAAUAUAUGUAAUAAGGAUGUUUACA